UAGACACAUUCUUUUUAAAUUUGAGAGCUUUAAAAAUUUGCCUUGUUCUUCUUCCUGCAAAAUACACAAACACGAAAGAUGGGUUUCCGUUUACCUACUAUUCGACGUGCAUCAUUCUCUGCUAGCCAAGCAGCUUCAAAAUCCGUAGAAGUUCCAAAGGGCUAUCUUGCCGUGUAUGUUGGAGAGAAUCAGAAGCGGUUUGUGAUCCCAAUAUCAUACCUGAACCAACCUUCAUUUCAAGAUUUACUGAACCAAGCUGAGGAAGAGUUUGGAUAUGAUCAUCCCAUGGGUGGCCUCACAAUUCCAUGCAGCGACUUCCUGCAAAAUACACAAACACGAAAGAUGGGUUUCCGUUUACCUACUAUUCGACGUGCAUCAUUCUCGGCUAGCCAAGAAGCUUCAAAAUCCGUAGAAGUUCCAAAGGGCUAUCUUGCCGUGUAUGUUGGAGAGAAUCAGAAGCGGUUUGUGAUCCCAAUAUCAUACCUGAACCAACCUUCAUUUCAAGAUUUACUGAACCAAGCUGAGGAAGAGUUUGGAUAUGAUCAUCCCAUGGGUGGCCUCACAAUUCCAUGCAGCGAAGAUGAAUUCCAUCACAUCAAAUCUCGCUUGAAUGGCCUAUAAAUCUUACUGUUUUAAACUAACAUAGAUUAGAAGAGACAUUUUGUUCAAUAGGCAUCUUCUCAACUUGUAAAGAUUACCCCUUUUCUCGGGAAACGGAGAAGAAGAAAAAAAUACUAUACUUUCUCAUC